AUGCCAGGAUGCCAUGCAACGACACUCGCAUCCAGCCAGACACCUUCAGUGUGUGAUGCUGACAGUCCUCAGGGUUCGGUUCUUGGCCCUGCACUCUCUAGUAUUUACAUGCUGCCGCUAGGCGACAUCAUACGCAAAUACGGUGUUAGCUUUCAUUGUUAUGCUGAUGACACCCAACUCUACAUGCCCCUAAAGCUGACCAACACGCCGGAUUGUAGUCAGCUGGAGGCGUGUCUUAAUGAAAUUAAACAAUGGAUGUCCGCUAACUUCUUGCAACUCAACGCCAAGAAAACGGAAAUGCUGAUUAUCGGUCCUGCUAAACACCGACAUUUCUUAACAUUUGACAACCAAAAAAUUACACAAGGCGAAUCAGUAAAUAAUCUGGGUAUUAUUUUCGACCCAACUCUCUCCUUUGAGUCACACAUUAAGAGUGUUACUAAAACGGCCUUCUUUCAUCUCCGUAAUAUCGCUAAAAUUCGUUCUAUUUUAUCCACUAGCGACGCUGAGAUCAUUAUUCAUGCGUUCGUUACGUCUCGUCUCGACUACUGUAACGUAUUAUUUUCGGGUCUCCGUAUGUCUAGCAUUCAAAGAUUACAAUUGGUACAAAAUGCGGCUGCUAGACUUUUGACAAGAACAAGAAAGUUUGAUCAUAUUACGCCUAUACUGGCUCACCUGCACUGGCUUCCUGUGCACUUAAGAUGUGACUUUAAGGUUUUACUACUUACGUAUAAAAUACUACACGGUCUAGCUCCGUCCUAUCUUGUCCAUUGCAUUGUACCAUAUGUCCCGGCAAGAAAUCUGCGUUCAAAGAACUCCGGCUUAUUAGUGAUUCCCAGAGCCCAAAAAAAGUCUGCGGGCUAUAGAGCGUUUUCUAUUCGGGCUCCAGUACUAUGGAAUGCCCUCCCGGUAACAAUUAGAGAUGCUACCUCAGUAGAAGCAUUUAAGUCCCAUCUUAAAACUCAUUUGUAUACUCUAGCCUUUAAAUAGCCCCCCUGUUA